CUUUCCAUAUAUUCUUCCGACCAAAGAGCGGCCUGUGGGCAAUUUGAGUGUUCUGUUCCCGCUUAGGUCCGUCUCGUCCCGGCGGGGAAGCAUCUUGGGUUGCGGCGCGGCGCUCCGGGAGAGUCCUCGCCGGCACUAUGGCUCGAAAUGCAGAAAAGGCCAUGACGGCACUUGCAAGAUUUCGCCAAGCUCAGCUGGAAGAGGGGAAAGUAAAGGAGCGGAGGCCCUUCCUCGCCUCAGAAUGUACUGAGCUGCCCAAAGCUGAGAAGUGGAGACGACAGAUCAUUGGAGAGAUCUCUAAAAAAGUGGCUCAGAUUCAGAAUGCUGGUUUAGGGGAAUUCCGAAUUCGAGAUCUGAAUGAUGAAAUCAACAAGCUGCUAAGAGAGAAAGGACAUUGGGAGGUCCGGAUAAAGGAGCUGGGAGGUCCUGAUUAUGGGAAAGUUGGCCCUAAAAUGUUGGAUCAUGAAGGGAAAGAAGUCCCAGGAAACCGAGGUUACAAGUACUUUGGAGCAGCAAAGGAUUUGCCUGGUGUCAGAGAGCUCUUUGAGAAAGAACCUCUUCCUCCUCCCAGAAAGACGCGUGCUGAGCUCAUGAAGGCAAUUGAUUUUGAAUACUAUGGUUACCUGGAUGAAGAUGACGGGGUUAUUGUGCCUUUGGAACAAGAAUAUGAAAAGAAGCUCAGAGCUGAACUGGUAGAAAAAUGGAAAGCUGAGAGAGAGGCCAGGCUGGCAAGAGGAGAAAAGGAGGAGGAAGAGGAAGAAGAGGAGAUCAACAUCUACGCUGUCACCGAGGAGGAGUCUGAUGAGGAAGGCAGCCAGGAGAAGGCAGGCGAGGAUGGACAGCAGAAGUUCAUCGCUCACGUGCCAGUGCCCUCUCAGCAGGAGAUUGAGGAGGCGCUUGUGCGCAGGAAGAAAAUGGAACUGCUCCAGAAGUAUGCAAGUGAGACCCUGCAGGCCCAGAGUGAAGAAGCCAAGCGGCUCCUGGGGUAUUAGGGUGAGCCGCUGCUCUCCUUGGAGACUGGACGAUCUGGUGGGCACACACGUAACCCCUCGUGGCUCCAUCAUCUGCAUAGCCACCUUGGCCUGCAGCCAGGAUGGCUGGCACCACGUGGCUCUGUGCUGUUCUGGACACCUUAGCCGGUCUGAGGGUGGGGCUUUGUCCAAGUGUCCAGUGAGGCAGUCUACAGCUUCAUACAGGAGCUUCUCUACAACGUGAACCGACUUACUUUUACCUGGAACACAUACCGUUAGCUGCCAGGUGCCACAUGAACUUUGGGAGAAGGAUCAAUUAGUGGCCAACAUGAAAAAAAAAACAACAACUGUGAUUUUCUUAAAAAGUCUCUCUUUGAAAACAGAGAUGUUGUGUCCAUUCCUAGACUGCAUCCACUGGUCAAUUGCCAGAGGCAUCCCCUUGUGCUAGGCACAUCUUUGCUUUCUUGUGAACCCCUUGGGAGCUGCUUCCUCCUCUCCUGCUGGGGAUCAGGAAUUGUGAGCUUACAACCACUUUUGUAACAUCUGCAGAGAGCUAUUUUUAUUAAAGAUUUUUAUCAGAAAGGAA